GGAAAUUUCCUUGUUAACUUCAAUUUGAACAAAGGCUCAAUAUACUCAGACUCAUUUUUCUGUUGUGUCGAUCUAAUUCGCAGGAUAAGCAAAUUCGCCCAAUCAACUUCAAGACUUCAACCUUUGAUUUGAUUUAGUUACUCCCACCAAGCAAUGGCUGUGUUUGCUUCUGCUUCUUCUUCCCGAGUGAAAUAUGAUGUUUUCAUCAGCUUUCGAGGUUCAGACAUCAGAUCUGGUUUCCUCAGCCAUUUAACAAAGGAGCUGCGUCGAAAGCAGGUAGACGUCUAUGUGGAUGACAGGCUGGAGAGAGGAGAUCAAAUAUCGUCUGCACUUGACGAAGCCAUAGAAGGAUCAAUGAUUGCGUUGGUCAUAUUCUCCAAAGAUUAUGCUUCUUCAAAGUGGUGCUUGCAAGAGCUUGUCAAAAUCAUGGAAUGUAAGGAAGCAAGCGGACAAAUUGUGUUACCAGUUUUCUAUUGUGUAGAUCCUUCAGAUGUCAGGCGUCAAAAACGAACUUAUGCAGAUGCAUUUGCACAUCUUGAACUGAAGUUCAAGGAUAACUCAAACGAGUUGAAAAAUUGGAGAUCUGUCUUGAAGAAAACCGCAGACUUAUCUGGUUAUCAUUCAUCAAAUUUUCAAAACGAAUCACAGCUCAUUGAUGCAAUACUCCAAGAUGUCCUAAAAAAAUUGGAAGAUAACAACCCGGUUGCGCCACAAUCCCAUCUAGUUGGAUUGGAUCAAAAUCUCGCCAUUGUUGAAUCAUUAAUGAAAAUUACGUCACAGGAAGUUCUACUUCUUGGUAUUUGGGGUGUUGGUGGGAUAGGCAAAACAACCCUGGCUCGAGCUACAUUUGACAAAUUCUCUUCUCAAUUUGAAAGCUAUUGCUUCAUAGAAAAUGUGAGAGAGGAAUCAACGAAGAGCAAUGGUUUGAGUCAUUUGCGUCAAAAGCUUCUUUCUAAGCUAUUAGACCAAGAUGCAGGUCUCCCCAUAGAUAUGAAUUAUGCAAGGAGAAGGCUAUCACGAAAAAGAGUCUUGAUUGUGCUUGAUGAUGUAUCCAAUUCAAAGCAAUUAAAAGAUCUAGCUGGACAACAACUUUGCUUGGGGCGUGGCAGCAGAGUAAUUGUAACAAGUAGAGACAAGCAUGUUUUUAGGAUUGGAGGGAUUCAUGAUGAAUAUAUACAUGAAGUCAAGGAGUUGAAUUUUGAAGAAUCACUAAAACUUUUUAGUUUACAUGCCUUCAAGCAAACUCACCCUAAUGUGGGAUAUGAAAGGCUAUCAGAAAUGACAGUUGCCUAUGCUAAAGGCAUUCCUCUAGCUUUAGAAGUUUUGGGUUCCCAUUUUCAUUCUAGAGAUAAGGCAUACUGGGAGAGUGAGCUUGAGAAACUUAGAAAGUGUCCCCAUCCAGAAAUUCAAAAUAUAUUGAAAGUUAGUUAUGAUGGAUUAGAUGACAUGGAUAAGGAAAUAUUUUUAGACAUUGCAUUUUUUUUCAUUGGAGAAGAAAAAGAUAGAGUUAUUCAUGUGCUAGAAGCUUGUGGUUUUAAAGCAGUUAGUGGAAUACAAAAUCUCAUGGAUAAAUCUCUCAUAAAACCAGGUUGGCUGAAUGGUAAAAGUACUGAAAUGCAUGAUUUGAUACGAGAAAUGGCUAAGCAAAUAGUUCGUGCGGAAUGUAUUAAAGAUCCUGCAUUACGUAGCCGAUUAAAAGAUACAGAUGAAAUUUAUAAUGUAUUAGAAAGUAACAUGGGAACUAAUAAAAUUGAAGGCAUCAUAUUGGAUUUGGAUCAAAUCAAACAUUUACAAUUGGACCCAGACACCUUUGCAAAGAUGAAAAAUUUAAGAUUUCUCAAAAUUUUUCACCCUAAACCACGGAUGAUUGAGCACAAGACAUAUCAUCAUAUAGAGCUUCCUUUUGGUCUGGGCUCUUUUCCAAAGAAAUUAAGACAGCAAUAUUAAAGAGCUUUGGGAUGGAGUGCAGGUAUUUAUACACACACACUAAUUAAUAUGUGUAUCUCUCUCUCUCUCUUCAAUUUAAUUAAAUUAUUAGGCUUUUAUGUGAAAAACUUUUCCAUUUCCAUUGUCACAGGAUCUUGUGAAUCUAAAGACAUUAAAUUUGUUUAGGUGUAAACAAUUGGUUGAGCUGCCUAAUUUCUCUAUGGCAUAUAAUCUUGAAGAAGUCAAUCUCUGGAUGUGUGAAAGUCUACAUAGUAUUCAUCCAUCUAUUUUAUCUCUCCAAUCUCUUGUUAGAUUGAAUGUUUGUUUUUGUCGGGAAUUAGAAAGUCUUGAAAGUGAGACUCAUUUAGAAUCUCUCUCUUACCUUGAUUUUGGCUUUUGUAAGAGCCUCCGGAAAUUCAGUUUGUCAUCAAAGAAAUUGGGGAGUUUGUAUUUCAGUGAGACUGAAGUUGAAAUAUUGCAUUUGCUGCCAAUGGGAGGUUUCACGGAGCUCAAAAUCCUUGUGAUUUAUAAGGGUGAAAGAUUAAGGAGUCUUCCGAUAAGUGAGCUAUGUGGCUUGACAAAUCUUGAGAAAUUUAGAAUUUUGAAUUUCCAACAGGUGAUCCACACAACAGAGCUGCGCUCUCUUUUUGAUGCUUGGCGUAAUUUAAAAGACCUAAGUUUGGAAAGAUGCAGUUACUUGCUGGAAAUCCCUGACAAUAUCAAGGCCUUAACAAGCUUGAAAAUCAUGAUCUUGAAAGACUGCGAGAGGCUUAAGUCUAUACUUGGACUUCCUCCCUUCCUUAAAGUAUUAUAUGCUGGAGGAUGCACUUCAUUAGAGAUUGUAUUCUCUGAUUCUCUAGUUCAAAAUCAGUGUCAAUUUCAUUUCGAUGAUUGUAUAAAGUUGGAUGAGUGUUCUCUUCGCUUCAUUGAGAAACUAACUCAUUUCUCUUUGACUUCAGCCUGUGAGGAUAAGAAGCUUCGUUUUGUUUGGGCUUGUUACCCCGAAAGCAGAGUUCCAAAAUGGAUGGAAUAUAAACAUCAGAUAGAGGCUUCCAAUGCUAUGGAAGUCAUCUGCAAUCUCAAACGAUCACCCAUCAUAUUGUGUUGCUGCAUUGUUCCUUCUCAUCUUUGCUCACCUAAAAUGUUGACGAUCUACUGUGAUUUCUCUUAUGAUGAUGACAACAAAUUCCGCAGUUCAUUUUUUGCUUCCUCCCUCCUUAAAAUGAAUUCGGAUUGUGUUUGCAUAUGGCACAUGGAAUUGGAAAGGGAUUCGUUUGGUGCUGGAGCAGGUGAUGUUGCCAAGAUUUCAUGUGAAUUCUCUGCGGACUAUUACGUUGAUUUUGAUCAUGGAGAGGUAGAGACAGUUCCAAUGAAAGCAUGUGGAGUGCACGUGACAUAUAACUCACAGUCAGACUCGGAUGAAGAGCGACUCCCUCCAACAAAUCUCAUGACGACUUCACCUGUCACCCCUUGCAACUAAAAUUUAUACACAAGCAAACAAAAGCAUCACCACCCACACUGCGGUUGCUUCUUGUCCUAAGAUCAAGUCCAAAAUACAGUAGUGAAGAGUCUUUUUGCUGAUGAUCAUUGAAGUGUCUUUGACAUGUGAUAUGUACCAGGAGUACCAUUAUUGUAACACUUUUUUGUUUAAUUUCCUUAUAACAGAAACACCAUUAUUCUCUUUUACUCAACUAGCCGUUGGCUGCAUGUGAGCAUCGCAUAGUCGUUUUAUAUGGAACAAACCAGUAAUUCAUUCAUGUAUUUAAAUAUCAUAGCAGUAAACAACCCCAUCAUGUAUGCAUACAA